AUGUCUGGAGAUAAGCCCCUUCCCUUCCAGUACCAGUUUGCCGCUGGUGCGAUCGCUGGUGUGAGCGAGAUCUUGAUCAUGUACCCGCUCGAUGUCAUCAAGACCCGCGUGCAGCUCCAGGGCAAAGUCCCUAUUCCUGGACAAGAUUACUAUACCGGAAUGCUGGACUGCUUCCGCAAGAUCGUCAAGAACGAGGGAGCGUCUCGCCUCUACCGCGGCAUUGCUGCUCCGAUCAUGAUGGAGGCUCCUAAGCGUGCAACCAAGUUCGCAGCCAACGACUCCUGGGGCAUCUUCUACCGCAACUUGUUCGGCGUGGAGAAAGCCAACCAGCCGCUGGCUAUUCUCACCGGAGCCACCGCUGGCGCGACCGAGUCAUUCGUUGUCGUCCCCUUCGAACUCGUCAAGAUCCGCCUUCAGGAUCCCGCUUCAGCCGCCAAGUAUAAUGGCAUUGUAGACUGCGUCAUGAAAACCGUCAAGAGCGAAGGUCCCCUUGCCAUGUACAACGGUCUCGAGUCAACCAUGUGGAGGCACAUUCUUUGGAACGCCGGCUACUUCGGCUGCAUCUUCCAGGUCAAGGCAUUGAUGCCCAAGCCCGCUGCUGGCAACAAGUCUCAAGCCAUGUUCACCGAUUUCACCUCGGGCGCUAUUGGUGGCACAGUCGGCACCAUCCUCAACACACCUAUGGACGUUGUAAAGUCGAGAAUCCAGAACUCGCCUAAGAUCGCAGGUUCCGUACCAAAGUACAACUGGGCCUGGCCUGGCCUGGCAACCAUCAUGAAGGAGGAGGGUUUCGCGGCGCUGUACAAAGGCUUCCUGCCCAAGGUGCUACGUUUGGGCCCCGGUGGCGGUGUGCUGCUAGUCGUGUACACCAACGUUAUUGACUGGUUCCGAAAGAUGGGCGCGAAGCCAGUUGGAGCUUGA